AUGUACUUCUUUUUCAGGGCCAUCGCUGCCGUCCUGGCUGUUCUGCCCUUGGUAGCAGCACACGGUCCCGACCUUCAAGGCAACUACACAGAUGAUGCAAAAGACUCAGAAGUGUCUUGUUACUUCACGCCCCCGCCUAGCCUAAUAGCCCUUCAUGAGCGUAUCGCCAACGAAGACCCUGCCACCAUGGAAGAGAUUGCCAGGGGCCAUGCAAUUAUGCAAAAUACGCUCCGUAUGGGCGAGAUCGGCUUGCAGGGCAGUCCUGCAGGCAUGAACGUCACGAAGCGUGAUACGGGUGAGCGUAUUACCAUCAAUGCCUGGUUCCACGUCAUCUACAGCAAGAAACGCCGAAUGAAAGGUUACAUAAAGAAAUACCGUCUAGAUAAGCAGCUCAGGGUUCUGAACAACGCAUUUCGCUCCAGCAACAUUUCCUUCGGCCUUGAUGGCACCACCUACACCGACAACGAUCUCUGGGCCGAUGACCCGGGCAAGUACGAGAAGGCCAUGAAGAGGACACUACAUCGGGGUGACGCCCGCGUCCUCAACCUCUACUUCGUGCCCGGACUCGGCGUCGCCGGCACCUGCCGGCUCCCUUCCCUAACGCACCUGGAGACCAAGAGGGGGCUCACGCUGGACGGCUGCAUGCUCCGGCACAACACGGUUCCUACCAGCCCGCUCAUGGUCGGCAGGGGCAAGAUGGCGGUCCACGAGGUCGGGCACUGGUUCGGCCUGCUGCACACGUUCGAGGGCGGCUGCGACGAGAAGGGGGGAGACUACGUGGCUGACACCCCGGCCGAGGAGACGGCAAACAAGGCCGGGUGCUGGCGGAAGCGCGACACCUGCCCCGAGCUGUUUGGUACGGACCCGAUUCACAACUACAUGGACUACUCGGCCGAGAACGAGUUUACUCCCGGUCAAACUGCCCGCAUGCGCAGUAUCUUUGCCGCAGUCCGCCUUCGCGUGCCUGCCAUACCUGCGUAG